AGCGACAGGCUCACCGCGAGGCCGUGAUGAGCGUGAUGGAGGACCUAUCAGAGGGGAACUUCCAGAAAGAGGAGGGUCCACCCAGCCCAGCUCCACCCCCGCCUCCGCCCCAGCAACACACCGCCCCUGCCUCCCCCACCGUCGCCAUGACGCCAGAACCACUGCCCGUUGCCAGGGGAGAACGAGCCAGGCCUAGAGAGUUGGAGUACCAGGACGGCCGGGGCUUCGGGAUAGGGAUGCUGGUGUUUGGGAAGCUGCGAGGCUUCUCUUGGUGGCCCGGCAGGAUCGUGUCCUGGUGGAUGAGCGGAAGGAGCCGCGCUGCAGAGGGGACGCGCUGGGUCAUGUGGUUUGGAGACGGGAAGUUCUCUGUGGUGUGUGUAGAGAAGCUGAUGCUCCUAAGCUCCUUUUCCUCAGCCUUCCACCAGCCCACCUACAACAAGCAGCCCAUGUACAGGAGAGCCAUCUACGAGGCCCUGCAGGUUGCGAGUACCAGGGCAGGUCGGCCCCUCCCUGCCUGUGAUGCAGGUGACGAGUUGGAGGGCCAGGGGGUGGAGCUACAGAACAGACAGAUGAUAGAAUGGGCCAUGACGGGCUUCCUGCCGAGCGGACCACAGGGACUGGACCCUCCAGAAGAGGAGAGGAACCCCUAUAAGGAGGUGUAUCCAGAGAUGUGGGCGGAGCCCGAGGCUGCAUACACCCCUCCUCCUGCCAAGAAGCCCCGCAAGAACUCUGCUGACAAACCCAAGAUCAGAGAGGUCAUCGAUGAAGGGACCAGAGAGAGACUCAUCUUUGAAAUUCGACAGAAGAGCAGGAAUAUUGAAGACAUCUGCAUCUCCUGUGGAAGCCUCAACGUGUCUCUGGAGCACCCGCUCUUCAUGGGGGCCAUGUGCCAGGGCUGCAAGAACUGCUUCCUGGAGUGUGCGUACCAGUAUGAUGACGAUGGCUACCAGUCCUACUGCACCAUCUGCUGUGGCGGCAGGGAGGUGCUCAUGUGUGGCAACAACAACUGCUGCAGGUGUUUCUGUGUGGAGUGUGUAGAUCUGCUAGUGGGAGUGGGCUCUGCAGAAGUGGCCAUUAAAGAGGAUCCAUGGAACUGCUACAUGUGUGGACCACGCAACACGAAAGGGUUGCUACAGCGACGGGAAGACUGGCCCUCUAGGCUCCAGCUGUUCUUCGCCAACAACCACGAGCAGGACUUUGAACCUGCCAAGUUGUACCCCCCAGUGUCAGCUGAGAAAAGGCAGCCAAUCAGAGUGCUCUCUCUGUUUGACGGAAUAGCCACAGGUCUGUUGGUGCUGAGGGAUCUGGGGAUCCAGGUAGACAGGUAUGUGGCAUCAGAGGUGUGCGAGGAUUCCAUCACCGUGGGGAUCGUUCGUCACCAUGGACGCAUCAUAUAUGUCGGAGAUGUACGCAACGUCACACACAAACAUAUUCAGGAGUGGGGGCCGUUUGACCUGGUGAUAGGAGGAAGCCCUUGCAAUGACCUUUCCAUCGUCAACCCUGCCCGUAAGGGCCUCUUUGAAGGGACUGGAAGGCUGUUUUUUGAGUUUUACCGGCUGCUUCAUGAAGCAAGGCCCAAACCAGGCGACGAGCGGCCCUUCUUCUGGCUCUUUGAGAACGUGGUUGCCAUGGGAGUCAGCGACAAGAGAGACAUCUCCCGCUUCCUUGAGUGUAACCCGGUGAUGAUUGAUGCUAAGGAGGUGUCCGCCGCACACCGAGCUCGCUACUUCUGGGGGAAUCUUCCAGGCAUGGGCAGACCUCUCUCUGCGAUGGUGAACGACAAGCUGGACUUACAGGAGUGUCUGGAGCAUGGACGCAUGGCUAAGUUUGAGAAGUUGCGUACGAUAACAACGCGCUCUAACUCUGUGAAGCAGGGGAAAGACCAGCACUUCCCCGUCUACAUGGACAACAAGGAGGACAUUCUCUGGUGUACUGAGAUGGAGAGGGUGUUUGGCUUCCCGGUCCACUACACAGACGUGUCCAACAUGAGCCGCCUGGCCCGCCAGAGGCUGCUGGGUCGCUCCUGGAGCGUGCCCGUCAUACGCCACCUCUUCGCUCCUCUCAAGGAGUACUUCGCCUGCAACUAGACACACACACACACAAACACACACAACUGUGGACUGACUUUUAACCGUACACACAAAAUACACACACAUACGUCAUACAGAGAUAUCACACUAGACUGACCCUACAGACGUCAUACACACACACUUCCUCCAUCUUGUACAGGACUACGUCUCCCAGAGCUUGUAAACUACUGGCUGACCCGAACCUCGGUGCUGACCAAUCACACACCAGAAGUGAGAAACAAGCUCCUCCCACCAGAUAGAGUCUCCACAUAGCCUGCUGUUUUACUCUGUCUGGUUUCAGGGCUGAUCAUUGCUAUGGUUGGGUACUUUGUUUUUACCAGUCUUCUUCACUGUGUGUGUGUGUGUGUGUGUGUGUGGUAGCUGUAGUUGAAAGGACCCCCCCGUGCUAUAAUCAACACACGCCUGCACACACACGCACCAAAUCUGUCAGACACAACUGUUUCCUUCUUGUACACACUCAAAACACUGGUAGUGACUGUGUGUGCUGUGACUCACACCUGCGUGGGCACACACACACACACACAUACAAACAAACAUAUACACUUACACAUAUUUGCUGUACUGUACUUGUGGAACAUCCAGAG